AUGUUAUUGACAACAAAACACUCUGACCAAGUCAUCGAAAUACAAAAAAGGGACAGGAUAAUAAAAAAGCCCCUCUUUGUCGAAGAUUAUAUUACAGGAAAAUCCUACAUAGAUCGUUCUGAUCAAAUGUCAUCUUACAGUACACCUUUGAAGAAGACUAUAAAAUGGUAUAAAAAAGUGGCCCAUGAUAUUCUUUUAUCCACAUCAUCGGUCAAUGCAUUAUCAUUAUUUAAGUCUGUAACCAAGAAUAAAUCCAUAACAAUAACUACUUUCAAAGAAGAAAUUGUCAAGCAGCUACUAUAUGUAUAA